GAGGAAGGAAGUAACAAAGUAAGUGUUGUAAAGAAAAGCUCCCUAAUUGAGUUGUAAAAUUUCCAAUAAAUAGAAAGGGAAGACAAGACUAAACACAAUCUUUUAAUACGUUUAGUAGAAAACUCAACACUAUCCCCUCUCUUCUUCCUCUUUCUCUGCGUCAUACUUUCAUUGUCGCCAUUUUUAUCGACACUCAAGCUCUUCCUCCAUUGUUUUUCUCUUCACUUACCAUUCUUUCUACCAAAAAUCAACCGCUAUUCCAUUUUUUGUAAACUGAAACAGAGAUUAUCUCCAUUGUUACAUUUCAGACCCUCAAAAUCUGUUGUUUGAAUAGUAUGUUCAACUGUUCAAGGAAAGAGGAUUUUUCCACUACUUUGAAAUCUUAUCAAUGUUUUCGAUGUCAGAUUGUACUUAUGUAGCUAUGUUGAAGAUCUAAUUGUAACAAGCUUCAUUUUAUAAGGCGUUUGAUUCAGAAUGUUAACAAUGAGCCCAGAUAAUCUGACUUCAACAACUCUAAGAAAAUCAAUUCACAAUCCCAGUAAUUUCAAAUCAAGCAAAGAAGAACAAACUCAAAAUGUUGCAGAAAUCUCAAAUAGCAGUAUUGACGGAAACAAUAAUCUGAAUAUGAAUGGUUCAAUUCAUGUUCAUAAAUCUGCUCAUCAAGACAUCAUUCAGAAUCAAGCAUCAAGUUCAUCCGCAGCAAACGAAAGUAGUCCAAAUCGGCUCGGAGGUGAUAUGCUACUACAAUGGGGACAACGGAAGAGAUCAAGGUGUUCGAGAACGGAAGGAAGAUCAAUGGUAAUGCCACCUCCACAUCCUUCUACUUCUAAUUGUGGAGCUUCAAGUUCAAGUAAUGGAAGCAGAAAUGGAGGUUCUUCACGGAAUAGACCUCAUGGGUUGCUCUAUGGAAAGGAUUCUCCUGCUUUUCUUUCUUCUAAGAACAGGACCCUAGUUGAUCAAAUGGGCACAACAAACAACGGUUCACCAUCAAGAAAUAAUGGCAAUGGCAGUGGUAGUACUAGUAGCCGUCCAAUAUCAAGAUCAACGGUUGGAAAGCGAUCUUCAUGUAUAGACAAAAGUGAAAAGAAGAUAUAUUCAUCAUCAAUUAGAAAAGUGAAAUCAGAUGAUUCAAUAGUGGGCAAUGGGACUAAGAAUGGUGAAUUGGGUCAAGGAGAACAACAUCAUCUGCAUCAUCAUGACCAGAUGGUGCGUUCUCCGGUGGCUGAAGCCGAAAAAGGGAGUGAAAUAAUUGAAUGGCCAAGGAUAUAUUUAUCCCUUUCUAGGAAGGAAAAAGAGGAUGAUUUUUAUGCAAUGAAGGGUACUAAACUUCCUCAUCGCCCCAAAAAGAGGGCUAAAGCUGUUGAUAGAGCCCUCCAGUAUUGUUUUCCAGGUCUUUGGCUUUCAGAUUUGACACGGGCGAGAUAUGAAGUUAGAGAAAGAAAAAGUUCAAAGAAGGAAAAAGGAUAAGAAAGUUUACUCUUUUGUGCCUCAUACCACCAUGCUUGAUGAUAGAUAGGGACUGCCAAUGUCAAGAAAUAGGGAAAGAAUGCAAUACUAACAUGCUUGAUUGUCAGUGAACUUUCUAUAUUACGUAUUGAGUUGAUGUUGUAGUUGCUUGUAUAUGUGUGGAUAUUAGCUAAGUUAAGUGGUAUGAUUGUAAUUGUAAUAAAACCCCGUGCAAAAGAAUAUAUCGGGGCACAAGCCUCAUGUAUUUACAAAAGAUCAGAUCCUCUUUUUUGCUAUCAUUUUGUUAUAUAAUUUUUUUAGUGCUUGUUUUUGAUGGGUAAUGUGAAAUGUAGCAGCCAAAGCGAAGGGGACUUAAAGGACUAGAGACGAUUGAGAGUGAAUCGGAGUAGUAGAGCACAAAGCAAGAUAGCAAAACGCGUAAUGGAAAAAGGACAAGCCCGGAAACCCCUUUAGGCACUCGCUCGUACAUCUGGUAAUGUGGAGCUUUUCAGUCUUAAGUAUUUGCUCCCUCUCAAAGGUAACUUUCAGUAUUAUAAACCUCUUGAGAGCAAAGCAAAGGAAUGUUUUGCCCUAAGGAUAUAUUAUGGUUUGAGAGAAAUAUGUGGGGAAUGGGGGUAGGGGUAUAAUACUUAAGAUGAUUGUAACUUGUAAGGUUGUUUUUGAUGCCAAGAGAAUGUAUGCCUUUAUUGUAGAUCUGUGUUCAGAUCUCAAUUCUCAACUGAUUGGAUAAAUUAAUACAAGAAAUGAAAGAGAAAAUUUAAAUCUCUUGAUUUGGUUCCAA